CCGAGGUUAAUAGAGCAGCUGAACGCAGAGUGAGGUACUCGUCUCCUCGGAAAACAAAACAAACGCUGAGAAAUGGCUCGUACAAAGCAGACGGCUCGUAAAUCCACUGGAGGAAAGGCGCCCAGGAAGCAGCUGGCGACCAAAGCCGCCAGGAAAAGUGCGCCCUCUACUGGCGGAGUGAAGAAGCCCCACAGAUACAGGCCUGGGACUGUUGCUCUCCGUGAGAUUCGUCGGUACCAGAAGUCCACCGAGCUGCUUAUCAGGAAGCUGCCCUUCCAGCGUCUUGUAAGGGAAAUUGCUCAAGAUUUCAAGACUGAUCUACGUUUCCAGAGUGCAGCAAUUGGUGCACUGCAGGAGGCCAGUGAAGCCUACUUGGUUGGAUUGUUUGAGGACACUAACCUGUGUGCCAUUCAUGCAAAAAGGGUUACCAUCAUGCCCAAGGACAUCCAGCUGGCCCGGCGAAUUCGAGGAGAAAGAGCCUAAAUGUGUGAUUUUGGGGUUUUAAUCUUUUUAGGGGGGUGGGAUUGACUGGGGUUUGUUUUGUAAAUCUUGAACUAUUACCAGCAUGUGUGCCACAUAAUUGUUUGUAGUUCGAGGCUUGUAUUUGUACUUCAUUUUUCACUUUACUCCUAUUCUGACAUUGUAGAAUAGUGCUUCAUAUCUGUACAUUCUGAAGAUUCAAUUUCUUUCUCAGGUUCACUUUUUUUUCCUCCCCUAAAUCCAGUGUGUGCAUGUCAUAGGAUUUUAUUUCCUCUUUUAGUGCUGUAAAUAAAAAACAUUUCUGCUACCUCA